CUUUUAGACCUUUCAUUCCACUGAAUCCGACACCACAAUCUCAAAGUUAUAAAAUAAAAAAUUUCAACAACUGACAGAAAACUAAAUCCCAUAAACAAUCCAAGAAGACCACCAGUGUUGGCUGUAAUAAGUUGUAUUUAUUAAUUAAAUAUGUGUGUCAGUGAUAGCGAUAGACAAGUGCUGAUCAAUAAUUAUUAUUUAGCUCAUUAAUAAGUGAUUAAUGAUCAUAACAAUAACAACUUACAUAAAAAUUCUAUAAACCCAAAUAAUUCACUCUUUACGUAUUUGGGAAAUUGCGAGUUGACAAAAAACAAAUGAACUACUGCCAUAUUUUCUCUACAACACAGAUUCAAAAUGUCGGAGGAUAAACCAACUCUAGAAGAAAAGAAAGAUGAAGAAUCGGACCCGACCGAGGAAUUGCUCGAUAGAUUGCCCGAGUCAGUUACGACAAUGUGGGAAAUACCACAAAUAUACGAGUUCCUGUGUCUAGCUAAAUCGAGCUUGCAUAUCCAGCAUUUGUCGAUGUAUGAAAUGGAACGGAUGCUUCUAAUACCACGGGCUUCAAAACAGCUAGCUAUUAUAAUGACCAGCCUUUUGAGUCCCUCUCUACCACGAUCUAAACUAAAAAAAGUACCAUUAAUGCCAUAUGAAUUCUGGACAAAUUACCUAUUAGCCCACAAAGUCUCACAGUGGUACAAAGUUUAUCAAAGUAAAGAGUAUGACUCAGUAAAAGUAUUUGACACUAUCGGAGUCGAGCCAGAAUUUUGGGAAAUUUUUCCCGAGGUUGCUUCAAUGGGUGUUCGUGAUUUUGAAGAUUUUACCUUGAGACAACGUGUGUGGCUUCUUAAAACAGUUUGUGAUACUCUUACACAUUCGCGAAAAUCUUUGCAAGAAGAAGUUUCUAAUCGUUAUUUAAAUGGCGAAAGUGAAAAACUUUUAGGCCGCGAUCGUUAUGGAACGCGUUAUAUUUAUUUUCCUAUUUUUCUUGAUAAUGAUUUAAGAAUUUAUAAACACUGUAUGAAUAAUAAAGUAUUUUUAAACGCAGUGCCUGUAAAAGCUAAAUUAAAGCUUCAAAAUACGAGAGUAAGAAAAAAACGUCGGGAUAGAAGACGUACUAAUCGAUGGAGAAAUGGAUUUUUACCUAAAAGACGUUCUGGAGGGGGAAAAAAAAAUUCUAGCGAAUUUUCUAUUUCAGAAAAUAAUACAAAUAAUAGUAAUAAAAUUAUAGAAAAAAAUGAUAUUGCAAUAAAUAUUAAUAUUCAUAAUAAUUGUAAUCAAAUUGAUGAUUCUAAUUUAGAUAUUAAAGAAGAUAAAUAUGGAUUGAAAGAAGAUGAUAGCAAAGCAAUAGAGUCCUUAGAGUCGGAAAUUUUAAAAGAAGAAGAAGAAGAAGAGAAGGAAAAAGAAUGUGAAAGUAAAGAAGAAAAAAAAGAAGAAGAUAAAGAAUGUGAAGGUAAAGAAGAAAAAAAAGAAGAUGAUAAAGAAGAAAAGGAAAAGGAUAGUCAGGUAAAAGUAGAGGAAAAUGAAGUGGUGCCGAAAAUUGAUGAAAAACGUCCUGAGAACGAUGAAUACAAUGAAUGUACUGUACGAGACGACGUGUCUAGCAGCUCAAAGACUGACGAUGAGAAAAUAAAUGAGAUGUUGUCUAGUACCGUUAAUAUAACUAAAGAAAACAAUUGCUCUGGAUCGAAGAGUGACGAUGAAAAGUUAAUCGAGACGCAGACGCAAGUUGUCAGUGAUAAUCAAGUUGACAAUGAAGUAACUGAAAAUAUUGAUGCUGAUCUUAAAGAUCAGAGGGAAGAAAUUGGUGAACGUAAUGAUGAUGAUGAUGAUGAUGAUGAUAAUGAUAAGAAAGAGAGUAAUGAAGAAAUGGAUGAUUCGAAGUUGAUGGAAGAUAAUUUAUGCCAUGAUGGAAUUGAUGAUGAGAAUAAAAUGGAAAUAACGGAGGGUUGUAAAAGAGAUAUGGAGAAUUUUAAUAAUAUUUUGACUGAUUUGAAAGGUUCCAAGUUUCAACUUGUUGCGGAUAGCAUUGAUUCUCUCAGGAAUUUAAUUGCGGAUCUUUAUGCGCUUAAUUCGGUGAAAUCAACGCAACCUGUAAGAUGUGAGAUGCUUUUGAUCAGUAAAUUGCAGGCGUUACUUGAUACUUUGAAAUCAAAAGAAUCUAUGCUUAAAGAAUCGGCAGAUAAAUCGAGAGCUAAAUUAUUGAGUGAGCAAAAGAAUUUUAUUGAAGGAUUACCAGAACUAGAUGAUUCAUUGAUCGGUACUCGUAAUUCCAAUUCAUGGGUUCUUGGUUCUCAAGGAUGUCCUCUACUUUCAUACAGUGAUACUAUUCUUCAACGUUUGUUUCAAGAAGAUGAUAGUGAAAGAGAGAAAAUGAAAAUAAAAGAAGAAAUUGAUAAUGAUGAGUCGGAUCACGACUCAAAAGAAGAACCUGAAACCCGGCGAGUAUUACGAGCCCGAGGAGUAUCUUCAUACAUUGAGCCUUUUUCGUCCGACUCAGAAAGUGCCUCGAGUAGUUACGAAGACUGGGUAGGCUUCGAAUCAGUAGACCCAGCAACUGGAAUUCACAGUGCUCCAGCACCUCUUCCAGUACCUGCAAAAGCCCGCUUAACAACUGACCAAUCAGACGCGACUGAUUCUGACAAAGAUUGGAUACUGCCCAGCCGCCGUAAGCGAAAGCGUAAAGGAUCAUCACCCAGCAAACGUUUAAGAUCCCAAUCCAAUAAAUCACAGACUACAAAAGCCGACUUUAAGGAACCUGAAAUGACUCCAGAACCUGUAGUAGACCCGGUACCUGACCCAGUAUCAACAACACCAGACCCCGAUCCAAUAAUCAGCAACAAUGGUCUUUUAAAUUCCAUAAAAAUCGAAAGUGUUCACUCUGUACUCGACAUAAAAGACGAAGGACCAAUAAUGGACAGCCAGCCUGAGCCAGUUUCCGCGGGGAUGCAUCAGAAUUACGUAUUAGUAAAUGCAGGAAACGGGCCUGUAAAUUACGUAGUAAUGCCUCCGGAAAAUCCAUCAAUAGUUCCUCAAUCUCCAAUGAUCUCAGUAAUUCCACAAGUACCAAUGCAUUCAGGAUAUUACAUGCACAACCCACCGGGAUAUUUAAUCCCAAACCAACCCAUGUCUAAUCACAUGCACUCGUACGGCGAACCUUCGAAUUUACAAAUGAAUAAUCAUCAACAUAUGAUUAUCCAACAAAAUCCAAACUAUAUUCCUCCGCACAAUAAUUACAUGCCUUAUCAUCAAAUGAGAGCUCCAAUGUACUCUAAUCGAUACCAAGGACCAAUAAUGAACCAGCCUGGUAUGAAUCAACGCGGAAUUAAUCAGCCUGUAAUUAAUCAGCCUAGAGUUAAUCAACCUGGCAUGGAGCGACCAUUACCGCGCGUCGUGCAAAAUAGACCAAUUACUCUUCCUCCACGUCCUCGUCAUCCUGAUGGAGCGGUCAUCAGAAGCACUGUACCCUUUAGACCCACCUAUCGGCCCGUAGCAGCUCCAACUCUUCGAGCACGACUUACAGCUCCUAGACAUCCGAAUCAGCAACAGAAUGUUAGGCAUAUUCAACCACGACCUAACUUACAAAAAAGCAACCAACCUAAGGCGAAGACUACUUCGUUGAUUGUUCUCAGUGAUAGUGAUGACGAAAUUGAAAUGAUCAUCACUGAGAAAGCUGGUAGUACUAAUGCGACUACUCCGCAAAAACAAGGACCAAAAAAUACAGUGCAGAAGAAAGUUAUCAAUAGGACUGGUAAUAUUGAUAGCAAUAGUGGCUCUGCUCCAAAAGCUAAUACUGCUACCAAAAGCGGGCUCACUCCGCAAAUUAUUGAGCGCAUGAAUCAAGGCGGUAUAUCAAUUACUCCUGUCAAGCCUAAAUCACCUGCUAAAACUUCUCCUAUUUCGGCGACGCAACUUGUCGUUGUCGUUAAUGAAACGGGAAGCCACUAUGCAUUGGCACUACCUAAUGGUAGUAAAUUAAUACUUACUCCUGAACAGGUUGCACAGAUAAGGGCUUCCAAUGGUGGUAAGCUUAUACUAUAGUUAGAUUUUAAUAUUUAUAACAUUUAUUAGGGGCUAUUUAUUAAUUACGUAAGGAUAUUUAGAGGGGGGAGGGUUAAGAAAAUCUGUAUAUGUUCUUAUGUUGGGGGGUGUUACGUAAUAUUUCGUGAAUCAAAAUUCAAUAUUAAAAAUCUAAUUUUGGAUUUUAAAUAAUUUUCUUAAUUUUAAAGUGUACAGUUAAAUUCUUAUUGGAAAAUUAUAGUACUUUUUCCGUAAAUUAUCGCAUUUUUAUUAUUUAGAAGAUUGAAGAAUCUUAUGUAACAAAGGGGAGGGGUUCGAAAAAUCUUGCAUAUACAAUUGUGGUCAUUUAUUUAAGUAUGUUUUUUAAUAUUACUGGAAAAUAGUCGUUUGUAAACUAGAACGUUUAUUAACUCUAAAUUUGGAAAUCAAUUGAUAAUGUUACUUGUGACAUUAGCUGAAAAUAAAAAAUGAAAUUAGCGAAAUGGAAAUUUAACCAAAUAUAAAUUCAGUAAUUCACAAAAAUAGGGUAGAAGUACCGUUUUUGGCCAAUUAACAUUUGAAUUAAUUUAUAAAAAAU